UCCCAAGGUUAGACACUCCCUCCGACCUUCCCUUUCACAGAGCUAAAUGACCAGAUCCCCUACCUAUCCUCAGUUAGCUGUGAUAGAUAAAAGACCAGGCCUCCCCUCUUGAUUUCUCAAACUGCAGCCUCCCCCUGUCCCUCAGGGCCCACUCAUCCCUUAGCCCAGGUACAACUAUUUCAGAAAGCUCCCUGAAGAAAGUAAGUCUCUUGCCGUGGUCAAGGCCAUUAAGGCAUUUUCACACCAUAUAGCAAUCGUGUAUUUCCUGUGCUGGGAAUCAAACCAAGGGUCUCGCGUGCUAAUCAAUCACUCUACCACUUAGCUAAGCCCACAGCCUCAAUUGAUUGUUUCUAGUGGCCAGUACACAGCUGUGUUGAAGGGACCAGGUUUUGAAGUGAGAUACACUUAGGACCCCUCCAACAACAUGUGUUACUUUGAAACAGAUUUUCCUGCCUGGGCUUAUUUGCCUCGUUGUAAAAUACGGCUAUUAAUAGUGCUUUACUGUCCAAAACUUUUGAGAGGAAUAAGCCAGCUGUACUCCCCAGGAGCCCAGGUAUAAACAGUAAACUGCUAAACUGUUGCAGUAUUGAGAGGAAAGCUGGCAAAUGUUGCACCAGGUGGAUCUGAAGGCUUGUGCAGAGUCUUAGACUUUCCCCCACCUUUAAGGAGUCUGGUUGCUCUCUAGCGAGUAGGCGGCGCCGUCGGGUUGAGUGACAGCGAGUGGCCCGCCCCGGGCGUGACGUCGUCCUAGUGUUGUUGCUGGGGCCGCACGUGGUCAACCAAGUCCGCCUCAGACUCAGCAGCAUUCCGCGCCACAGCACCAGCCCGGUUGCCUUCCUGCACCUCCUGUCUGCUAUGUCCACGUCCACGAGCUGCCCGAUUCCGGGGGGCCGGGAACGGCUGCCCGACUGCUACAGCACUACGCCGGGGGGCACUCUAUAUGCCACUACCCCGGGAGGCACCAGGAUCAUCUACGACCGAAAGUUCCUGCUGGAGUGCAAGAACUCACCCAUUGCCCGGACACCCCCCUGCUGCCUCCCUCAGAUUCCCGGGGUCACAACUCCUCCAACAGUCCUACCCUCCAAACUGGAGUUGCUGAAGGAGCAGAAGGAGACAGAGGAAGAGAUACCCGAUGACGCACAAUUUGAAAUGGACUUCUAAUCCAGUGCAGAUGAUCCCCCCGUGUGGCGUUAUAGAGGGAUCCCUCAUGCCGCUGUUGCCACCACCUCUUUCUGGGAUAUCCAAAGGACAGCUAGCCUCAUCUAAUCUGGAAAGGAGUGACUUGUUGGUUGUGGACCUCCUUUAAAUCUGGGGCAGCUAGACCAGGGAUAGGAGUGGGCUACUUGCCAAGUCCUUAGAUCUCCUUUCUCUUUGGUCUUUAGGUACUCCUCCCAACCCCCAGGCCUCUAUGCUAAGGGCUAGGACUGGAAGACAGAAUAUGUCACCUUCUGGCUGCUUAGUAAACAUUCAAACAAAAGUCUUGG